CACGUUUCUUUUAUUUUGUCAUUUUAGGUGGUGAAUCACAGUGACGUUGGAGGACGACGAUGACGAUGAUGGGGAGGAGGAUUUGGCAGAAGCAGAAGCCUUGGCGGUGGCUGCGUCAAUACCACUCUUACACCGUCUGUCCGUCGUUUCAGCCUCCAGUGUACAAGCGUCCGUUUCUAAAUCCCCUUUCCGGGGACACUUCGGUGUCGUUUCGCUCGGGUAGCAGCUAUGUCGACUUCAAUAUUCCACAUUUAAUGACUAGAUGUUGGUUUUCAACUCAAGCUCUGGCUGAUCUUUCACGGGGAGCUGUAGUUGAUGUACCACUGGCACAAACUGGUGAAGGUAUAGCUGAAUGUGAACUUCUUAAAUGGUUUGUGCAAGAGGGGGAUCAAGUUGAAGAAUUCCAACCUCUCUGUGAAGUCCAGAGUGACAAAGCAACAAUAGAAAUAACAAGUCGUUACAGAGGAACAGUAGCUCAUAUUUUGUAUGUUCCUGGUGACAUAGUAAAGGUUGGAGAAACUCUUCUAAAGAUGGUAGUUGAAGAAUCUCAGGUUCCACUAGUAUCUUCUGAGAGUUUAGAAAAAAUAGAGCCAGUUGAUUCUGGGCCAACUAGAAACAAUAAAGGUGAAGUUCUAUCCACUCCUGCUGUUCGGAACCUUGCAAAGCAACAUGGUAUAAACAUUAAUGAUGUCCAAGGAACUGGUUUAGAUGGAAGGGUGUUAAAAGAAGAUGUGCUUAGCUAUGCUGUCAGUAAAGGAAUAAUUAAAGAUCCAUCUACCACCGUGAGUGUUCAUUCUGGAGAGCAAUUUAUGGGGGGAGAAGAGUGUCAUCAUUAUGCAUCUGCUGCAGUUUCAAUCAACUAUGAUGAUAAGACAGUUCCCCUGAGGGGAUUCCAGCGAACAAUGGUCAAGACAAUGUCUAUGGCUGCAAAAGUUCCACAUUUUCAUUAUGUAGAAGAGAUAAACUGCGAUGCACUUGUUGAGCUUAAGUCAUCUUUCCAAAAUAAUAAUAUGGACCCUGAUGUCAAGCACACUUUCCUUCCAUUCUUGAUCAAGUCACUUUCUAUGGCCUUGAGCAAGUAUCCCUCAGUGAAUAGUUGCUUCAAUGAAGAGUCACUUGAAGUUAUCCUAAAAGGUUCCCAUAAUAUUGGAAUUGCCAUGGCUACUUCCUCUGGACUAGUUGUACCAAACAUAAAGAAUGUUCAGUCUCUUUCCAUUUUGGAGAUAACCAAGGAAUUGUCACGAUUACAACAAUUGGCAAUGGAGAACAAACUUAGUCCUAGAGAUAUUACUGGUGGGACAAUUACUUUAAGCAAUAUCGGGGCUAUAGGUGGAAAGUUUGGUGCCCCCAUCUUAAACUUGCCAGAAGUUUCCAUCAUUGCUAUUGGCCGAAUUCAGAAAAUUCCACAAUUUGCAGAUGACGGAAAUGUCUAUCCUGCAUCAAUUAUGACAGUUAACAUAGGUGCGGAUCAUAGAGUUCUAGACGGUGCAACGGUUGCGAGAUUUUGCAGUGAGUGGAAACAAUUUAUUGAAAAACCAGAGCUGCUUAUGUUGCAUAUGAAAUGACAAGGCUCAAGUACCUCUUGUUCAUGUAUCUAUCACCCUCCCUUUUCUGUCCCUAUAGCUGAAAAACCAGUAAAUAUACUUCUGUAAGCACAACCUUCACAGAUUGAUCUGCAAUAAGAUUGACAGGAACUGGGCUAUUUUUUAUUUUUAAUGUGAUUGAGUUGGGUAGGGAGAUGGAGAUUUUUUAAGGGUUUA